AUGCCUUCACAUCGUCAGCGCCACAGUCACUCCCUUUUAUCCCCUGGCGACUACGAUGAAGACGCCGAAUCGUUACGGUCUCCCUCCGAGCAGGACUCGGACUCGGAAGACGAUGAAUUUCUCAGCCGUUCUCGUACCACGUUGGAAUUAGCUGAACACGAUCGCUCAGUCUUAGACGACGAGGAAGAAACCGAGAAGCUCUUGACGAGGAAAGGGCCUGCCCAGGGUCUCCGCCGUAUAUUCAGUCCCAGUAGCAGCGGCGUCAAGAUCGGAAAGCGUGAACGUCGACAGCAGCGGAGGCAAGCUCGCCGAGAUGCACGCAAGGAGCGCCACAAGUUGUCAGAAUCCGGGGAACUGAUGUAUGAGAUGGAGGAAGGUCACCGGGAAGAUGAGAGUUCUCUGCUGAGUUCCGCCUCAUCUUCCGACUUGGGACAAACUGCCAAAGAAAAAUAUACACAAGAGACGCGCCCUGUCUCAUGGCGCAAGCUUGCGCUACUUUUCUCCGCUAUCUUCGUCCUCUUCCUCAUUUGUCUAUUGGGUGCCUAUAAAGCCUCGACGAAAUUCCGUGCGUCGCAUUCGCGACCGCCUCCCCUUCUCUCAAACGGCUCCGCCCUGUUCGCACCCACCACUAUCCUAAUCUCGCUCGAUGGCUUUAGAGCCGACUUCCUCAACCGCGAUCUCACCCCGACGCUCAACUCUUUCAUCGCCGACGGCGUUUCGCCGCAGUACAUGCUACCCAGCUUCCCUAGUGUCACCUUUCCGAACCACUUCACUCUCGUUACAGGCUUAUAUCCGGAAAGCCAUGGGAUCGUGGGAAAUACAUUUUGGGACCCGAAUCUGCAGGAGGAGUUCUACUACACGCACCCAUCCGUCAGCAUGCAGCCCAAGUGGUGGAAUGCCGAGCCGGUGUGGAUGACCGCCGAGAAUCAAGGAUUGAGGACUGCUAUCCACAUGUGGCCCGGCUCGGAGGCACAUAUCGGAAAUGUAGAACCUAGUCUCUUGGAUGAGUACAACGGAUCUGAGACUCUGCCGCGAAAGAUUAAUCGUGUGUUGGAGUUCCUUGAUAUGCCGGGCUCCGAGGAUGAAUCCCUGGACACCCCAGAACGACCUCAGUUCAUUGCGUUCUACGUGCCCAACGUGGAUGCGCAUGGUCAUAAAUACGGCCCCAACAGUACGGAGAUUCGUGGCACAAUUUCCAGUGUCGACAACAUGCUUGGAAGCCUUUUCUCGGGCCUCCAAGACCGUAAUCUCACGGAGAUCGUGAACGUUGUGAUUGUGUCUGACCAUGGCAUGGCUUCAACCUCCACGGAGAGGUUGGUUCAGUUGGACGACAUGAUAGAUAUGGAUCUUGUUGAUCAUAUCGAUGGGUGGCCGCUACGUGGAAUACGCCCUAAGCGGGAAGAGGAUCUGAAGACCCUUCAGGACCAGCUCGAGAACGUCGCUGCAAACUAUUCCGAUGCCGUGGAGGUCUACACUCGAGAGACCAUGCCGGAACGCUACCACUUCAAGAACAACGACCGCAUCGCUCCCCUCUGGAUCAUUCCGAAAACUGGAUGGGCGAUUGUUGAGCGGCCUGACUUUGAUGCUGCACUGGCCCUAGAGAAAGGAGAAGACUACCAUCCCAAAGGUAUCCAUGGCUACGAUCAUGAACACCCUCUCAUGCGAGCCAUCUUUAUCGCUAGGGGGCCUUCAUUCCCUCAUGAACGCAAUAGCCGUCUAGAGCCUUUCCAAAACGUCAAUGUAUACAAUAUCAUUUGCGAUACCCUUGGUAUUACUCCUCACCCAAACAACGGUACUCUGCGUCUUCCUCUGAAGCCGGUUGGGACCCAUUCGGAUGAAAACUCGCCCCCUCUUGACAACCCUCCCGACCCUCCCGCCAGUAGCCCUACUGCUGUUGUGACUCCCACGAAGACUCCUGUCACCAUUCCCUCUGAACAGCCCGCGCCCAGCAAAGAACCACAACCGCAGCCGGAAUCCAACCCGGAAAGCGACGACGAGAAAGGCCCUACCUGGUGGGGAACUCUCUGGGGCAAACUUGAGGACGCGAAGGAUUGGGCGACCGAUACGUAUGAGACGAUCAAAGACAAUUUUUGGACCUCGGAUUGA